AAGUAGUUCUCUUCUUAUAUUGUAAAACUCUUCAGCAUCUCUAACAUCUUCCAUAAUUUCUUCCCACAACAAAAAUCUUUGAAGAUUAUUAUUAUUCAUUAUUAAAUAGUAAAAUUCCACUGUACAACACAAAAUUUGUAAAGAAAGAGAAUAAAGUAAGGUUAUAAUGCUCCAAACCGUCAAAAAAUACCUCCCUGACGGCUAAUCCCUUUAAUUUACCCAGUAGAUGCAUGAGGGAGCCGUCCUUCUAUUAACGUUCAAUAGAAAGACGUUCAAGAAUACCAUUCUGCGUCUCUUAAUAGAACCACGCCCCCUUUCUCUCGGUUGUUCUACUCCCCGGUUUUCAAGAAUUGGGGCCCUGGAAGAUCCGUGCCGUUCGCUUCUUCGAAAUUUACCAUUCAAACAGCUAAUAUUUAAUUGUUACUUGUUUUAAGCAAGUACGAUUUUUUAAAAAAUAACCGGCUAUAGGUUAUUGAACGUAAUGCAAGGUUAUUAGGUUAACUGGUGAAAAAAAAACUACCUUUAAAUAACCGGUUAUUUUAGAGGAAAAUACCGGUUAUUCAAAAAACCGGUUACUUUUGCCCAUCUCUACUUUCUAAUAUCUUUAAAUAAGUUUUUCCGUUCCGGUUAGUUAGUGAAUGUGUAGUGAAUAUUGUGCUAUUUUGGGGUAUUUUGUUCUAGCCAUAACUAUACCACGACUAUACCACAUAUAGACAUAAUGGACAAUUUGGAACCAAAGGAAGUGCUAAAAUUUUUAGAAUUUGUAAACAGCCUCAAACAUCUACCUAGAAGGGGAUGGAUAUUUAGUAAAAUAAAGGAUCAUGAAACUAUUUCAGGUCACAUGUAUUCAAUGGGAUUAAUGACUUUCCUCCUUGGAAAUAAUUCCAAACUUGAUAGGUUAAAGUGCCUCCAGUUGUGUUUAGUGCAUGAUUUAGCCGAAGCUAUAGUAGGAGAUAUAACUCCUCAUGACAAUGUUCCCGAAGAUGAGAAACAUAAACAAGAAGAUGAAGCCAUGAAAGAAAUUACUGGUCAUAUAGGACAACCUGGUUUGCUUAUUUAUAAUUUAUACAAAGAGUAUGAAGCCAAAGAAACUCCAGAAGCCAGAUUUGUUAAAGAUUUAGACAGAUUUGACCUUUUAUUUACUGCAGCAUGUUAUGAGAAGCGUGAUGGGGAAGCUUUGAAGUGCCAGGAGUAUUUUGAUGCCCUUGAAGGGAAAUUUAGCAAUCCGUUUGUAAAAAAGUUAGUUGAAACUUUAGAACAAGAAAGAAAUAGUAAAAAUAAAUCAGAUAAUAUCCCAAAUGGAGAAAAGAAUUAACAAUAAUCGUUUAUUGUGUUAUAAAGAUUAUUAAAAAUUGCAAUAUCAGUCAAAAACAACUACUUAUUAAUUUCAAGUGAUUAAUUUGAUGCAACAAAUUACAUAGAAAUAGUUAUAAAAUUUAUUUUUAUAUCUGAUAGUGAUGAUAUACACUCACCGGCAAAAAAAACUGGUCACUAAAAACUAGUCCCAAUUUCAAAGUUGGAUU